AUGGCCCCCUGGAUUCUUGGAGACAAAUUCGACACCGUCUACCCCCAUCAGGGGUCGAUGAAGGCCCUGUGGGAGAUGAAAUGGAAAUUCCCGUGCACGAAAUCCAUCUAUCCGUUCCACGAUGGAUCGCUGGAGGACUUCGAGCCCAUUUUCGAGAAGCUGAUUGCUGAAAACAUCAACGAUGCCAACGACGAUGCGUAUACUAACGCCUUCCUGCCCACAGCAUCAGCUCUGGAAAAAGAAGCAGACAAAGCCCUAAGCGAUGGCCACCGAGACCGCGCUGCAGAUCUCUACCGUCGCGCUGCAGUAGUCCUGCGAAUCUCACGUUUCCCAUACGUGAGUCCAAACGCACGCCCAGAGACCUCCAUCAAGCGCCGGGCCUUCAACCACCAGAAGGAGGUCUACAUAAAGGCAGCAUCGCUGUGGAACCCAGUCCUCAAAGAAGUGAUGAUUCCACACACGCACCACGCCGGCAACGACCGCGGCCGGGAAAUCCCAGCCUACAUCCGCGUACCGGAAGAAGCCAGCGCACAGAACCCCGUGCCGGUCGUGCUGCUCAUGACCGGACUUGACGGAUACCGUCCUGACAACAGCCAGCGCAGCCAUGAGAUUGUCAACCGUGGCUGGGCGACGGUUAUUGUUGAGAUCCCCGGCACAGCGGAUUGCCCUGCUGACCCUGCUGACCCGGAGUCGCCUGAUAGACUGUGGUCGAGCGUGUUGGACUACAUGUCUCUGAGACCUGAGUUCGACAUGUCCCGUGUUGCGGCUUGGGGUCUUAGUGCUGGUGGUUUCUAUGCCAUCCGCGCGUCUGUCAUGCACCGUGAUCGACUCGCUGGUUCUGUUGCUCAUGGGCCUGGGUCGCAUUAUGUUUUCGACCCUGAGUGGCUGGCCCAUGCUAACGACCAUGAGUAUCCGUUUGAUCUCACUCCAUGCAUGGCUGAGAAGUACGGCUAUGACAGCGACGCCGACUUCAAGAAGAACGCGCAGAAGAAGUUCUCACUGAUUGAGACUGGCAUCAUGGACCAGGACAACUGCCGCCUCCUUCUGCUCAAUGGUGUGAACGAUGGUGUCGUUCCCAUUGAAGACUGUAUGGUUCUUAUGAACCAUGGCGGUCCUAAGGAGGGCCGGUUCUUCGAGAACCUGGUCCACAUGGGAUACCCUCACAGCCUGCCUGUUGCUUACAAGUGGCUGGAGAGUGUGUUGUCUCCCAACGUGACACAGGCGAAGAACUGA